AGCACAUGAACAAUUAUUUAGGCUACCAACUAUUUCUACUAACAUGUAGAACUUUAAUUUGCUAUUGUUCUUGCAAAUCAAGGAAGCCUUGAUAAAAAUGGAACGGACAAAGCAUAUGGGGAGUUCAUUAAAGAACAAUGAAAAAACUCGUUCUAUACCCAGCUUGCCUUCACUUCCGUCAGCAGAUAACAAACAUCAAUCUGAAUUGUACAAAGUUAUUCUGAGAAACAGUGCACACCCACCAAUUAUGCAAGGGAUGUCAUGGACCCUUCUAUCGCCAUUUAAAGAACAACGUCACCACAGAUCACCAAGUGAAUCAAUUGCCAAUAAUUACACUCCUAGUGCAGCUGAUUUGAAAAUACAAGAUCUUCCAAAAUCAAGACUUGUGCAGAGAAAUGUUAGAUCUUCAUUAAAACUAUCAAGAAAAAUGCAAGUUGAGCAAUUCGCACCAUCUUCUCCCAGAAAGAAAGUCAGACUAGAUUCCAAGUUUCAAUCCCCAAGAGCGGAUGGUGCCGGUGUAAAUGGAUUUAGUCGAUAUAAUGGCCCGAGUAGUAAAUCUCCACUUCCACCACCACCCAAAGAAGAUUUGCCUCCUAGUCGCCCUAUGUCUCCUACAGAUCAAAUGACUAUGAUGACAGAAUUGGAUAAUCAACGACUUGCUACUGAACAAGAACCAACUGAGAGAGAUAUGGAGAGAUACUACUACUACAUUCAAAAAGGAAUUGCUGCAGAACAAAUAGCUGGACCUCCUUCAGGACAGAUGGAUCGUAUCAAACUGAGUUUGCCUGAAAAACUGAGAACAAAUGUCAAUCUCACUCCACAUCUAUCAGAAUUAAAUGAUGAAGUUUUGACAGAUUAUGACUUCAGUUACAGGAAAUCAGUCAUUGACUACAUUCUUCAAGAUGACAAGGAAAGAAAGCGAGUACAUGUAGCAGCUAUACCUCGACCAUUCUUGAAAAAAGUUAUUCGUGCACCUGUACCUUGGCAAGAUGACUGCAAAAAAGCCAGAGAUUACUGUCGUUCGAGUCUAUUUACUGUCAGCCCAAUUAUGCUUCAUUUGCAGAAUUUAUGGUUUGAUAAAUACAACCAGCUGAGAUUUGUUAAUAUCGCAAAACUAAAAAGUACUGGUCUUCUUCUACAUCCGUCUGACUUUGAAGCACAGAUUAUGUCACAUUGUGAAGAUGCACAUGAAGUUCUUUCUAAAGAAUGGAUUGCAGAUGCUUCACAAUUAUUCAUCACAUACAAAGAUAGCUGGGUUCAUCUUGUGCCUCAAAACGAUGGUGACAGCACUGCACAGGUGCAAGAAUUUUUCUCCUGUGCGGCUUGUCUGAUGUCAAAUCAACUUCGUGAAAUGGUUGUUGAAUCAUUCAAUGACCUACUUUCAUUUUUAUCAAUUCAUGAGGAUGGCAACAAUUUUGGUUCAGAAUAUGGAGAUUUGCAGUAUUGCAUGCUUCCUAUCAUGCAACUGAAACUUAUUGUUCAAGAACCAAAAAUCUCAUUUGAUCCCAGUUUUAAGGAAUGCAGAGAUGUACUUUUGAACUGCUUUGCACAUAUCGUCAAGGCUGGUGAAGAAAUUAGUAGGGUUGAAUGCUUGCUGUUUCCUGAGAUGAGGGAUAGCAAACUACUUUUACGAACAGUGCAUUUGAAUGAAAAUUUGGUCACCAAUUAUGUGGACCAGGCUAUGGACAUUUUUAAAUGUAACACAGUGGGACCACAGAUGUAUCUGGAUGUCUACACCAAGUACAAUGAUCUUCUAAAUUCAAAAGCGGAGGCAGAAGCUAUUCAAUUCAUUAAAGAAGAUCACAAUCUGGAUAUUUUCAGAACGAAGCUUCGCUCUUAUGAGAAAACACGCGAUGAAAUCAACAUGCUUCGACUGUCAGUUCCACUCAACAUGUUUGGACUUGAUUGCACAGAACUUAACAAUGACCUCGCUCAACGAGCUCAACUGCUUCGUGAUAAAUUGAUUCAAUCACAAAUUGAUGAGAACCGUGAGAAGAACAAAGAGGUUUAUCAGAGAUAUGAUGCCAUUGCAACAAAGGUUUCGGAUAUUCCUGAGACAACAGAAGAACUUGUUGAAUUAGCUCAGUUCUUAAAGGAAUCCAGCGAAGUGACAGUACCUGAUUUGAAAGCUGAAAUUGGUCUGGCCGCUGAUAGACUUGAAUUCUUGCUUGAUUAUGCAACAUUACCUUAUGAAGACAUCAAACUGAAUAGCAAUGUAUUCCACUGGCCUGAACAAAUUCAACAAGUGUUUGAUGUGAACAGGGGACGUCUGACAAAUAAACGUGAAUCAGCAGAGGAUAAACUAAAAACAAGGAUCAAAACGUUUGAAGCUUUACUCAAUGAGUAUAAAGUAGAAGUUGAGAGUUUUAAGAAAAAAGAAGUUAUGAAUCUUGAUGAAAUGCAGAAGAAUGUAAAACUUCUGGCUGAUAUUACGGAAAACCUUGAAAAUGCGACGAAAGAAUUGGGGGAAAUAAAUGAAGAGGAACGACUUCUGGAGUUCGAAGAAAGUUCAUUUCCCGUGUUGCAGAGCAUGUUUCAGUUUAAACAACCUUACGAUAAUUUGUGGAAUACUGCUUUACAGUGGAACAAUAAGAAUGAAACAUGGCUUAAUGGUUCCUUCCAAGAUCUGAAUUCAGAAGAAAUCAGUGACGAUAUUGGAACCAUGUGGAGAACAAUGUACAAACUUACCAAAGCAUUCUCUGAUGCUGCAGGUCCCCGUAGAAUUGCAGAAUCAGUUCGUUCAAAGAUCGAUAAAUUCAAGCAACAUCUACCGAUUCUUUCCACUAUCUGUAAUCCUGGCAUCAAAGAUAGACAUUGGGAACAGAUCAGUGAUAUAGUUGGAUUUGACAUCAAACCUGAUGAGGAAACUUCAUUAGCACAUAUGUUGGAAUAUGGACUUCACAAAAAUAUGGAUGCUAUUGAAGCAAUCGGGGCUCGUGCUACCAAGGAAUGGUCCCUGGAAAAUGCUCUGAAAAAAAUGAAAUUUGAGUGGAGAGAUGUGGAAAUUGUACUGAUUCCAUACAGAGAUUCUGGGCUGAGCAUUUUAUCAGGCAUUGAUGAAAUACAAGAAUUGCUUGAUGAUCAUAUCAUUAAAGCACAAACUAUGAAGGGAUCUCCCUUCAUUGCACCAAUUGAGACUGAAGCACGGGAAUGGGAAGAAAAACUAAUUCUGAUGCAAGAUAUUUUGGAUGCUUGGCUCAAGUGCCAAGCUACUUGGCUUUAUCUAGAACCUAUCUUCAGCUCAGAAGAUAUCAUGGCACAGAUGCCUGAAGAAGGAAGAAAAUUUGGAAUCGUGGAUUCGUAUUGGAGGGAUAUUAUGCUGAAUGCAGCAAAAGAUACUAAAGUUCUGGUUGCUACUGCACAAAAUAACAUGCUUGGAAGACUGCAGGAAUCAAAUGAAUUGCUGGAACAAAUUCAAAAGGGAUUGAACAACUAUCUUGAGAAGAAAAGAAUUUAUUUUCCAAGAUUUUUCUUCUUAUCCAAUGAUGAGUUGCUUGAAAUUCUCUCUGAAACAAAAGAUCCUCUUCGCGUCCAACCUCAUCUCAAGAAAUGUUUUGAAGGAAUUGCAAAAUUAAAGUUUACUGAUCAACUUGAAAUUGUUGGCAUGAUCAGUUCUGAGUCUGAAGUUGUGACUUUUGUUAAUACUAUUUAUCCAGCUAAAGCAAAGGGUAUGGUGGAAAAGUGGCUUCUUGAAGUUGAGUCAUCUAUGCUCAAAAAUGUCAGAAGAGUAUGUUUGGAAGCUGUAGAAGCAUAUGUGAAUACUCCACGUAAAAGAUGGGUUCUAGACUGGCCUGGACAAGUUGUACUUUGUGCUUCUCAGACAUAUUGGACAUCAGAAGUAGAAGAAGCCAUCAAUAACAAUACUCUUGAUAAAUAUCUUGAGGUACUGAAUAGUCAGAUCAAUGAUAUUGUUGAACUUGUUCGUGGAAAACUAGACAAAGGAGCUCGUAUUACUCUCGGAGCACUCACUGUCAUUGAUGUUCAUGCUCGAGAUACGAUUGCUGAUCUUGUGAAGCAAAAAAUUGCGUCACCUACUGAGUUUUCUUGGCUUAGUCAAUUACGAUAUUAUUCGGAUGGGUCUGAUAUUAUUGUAAACAUGAUAAACACUGAAUAUCGUUAUGGUUAUGAAUAUCUUGGUAAUUCUGGACGUCUCGUAAUUACACCGUUAACGGACAGAUGCUACAGAACCUUGAUGGGAGCACUAAAGCUAAAUCUAGGAGGAGCACCCGAAGGACCAGCCGGCACAGGAAAAACAGAAACAACAAAAGAUUUAGCAAAAGCUCUCGCAAAGCAAUGUGUUGUCUUCAACUGCUCAGAUGGUCUUGACUAUAAAGCUAUGGGAAAAUUUUUUAAAGGUCUUGCUUCAUGUGGAGCGUGGGCUUGCUUUGAUGAAUUCAAUCGCAUUGAGAUUGAGGUGCUGUCAGUCGUUGCACAGCAAAUUCUCUGCAUUCAGAAUGGAAUCAUAAACAAGCUGAAAACGUUCAUGUUUGAAGGUUCUGAAUUAUCACUCAAUUGGACUUGUGCUGUAUUUAUCACAAUGAAUCCUGGCUAUGCUGGACGUACAGAACUGCCUGACAAUCUCAAGGUGCUAUUUAGAACUGUAGCUAUGAUGGUACCAGAUUAUGGUAUGAUUGGUGAAAUUUCUCUCUAUUCAAUGGGUUUCGUUGAUGCCAGAAGUUUGUCUCAGAAAAUUGUUGCGACUUACAAACUUUGUUCUGAACAACUCUCAUCUCAGCAUCAUUAUGAUUAUGGUAUGCGAGCUGUCAAAUCAGUAUUGACUGCAGCUGGAAACUUGAAGUUGAAAUAUCCACAGCAAGAUGAAAGAAUUCUUAUGCUUCGAGCAUUGAUGGAUGUCAACAUGGCGAAAUUUUUGGCUCAGGAUGUUCCACUGUUCAAUGGUAUCAUAUCAGAUUUGUUUCCUGGUGUUAUACUUCCUGCACCAGACUACGAUGUUUUCAUUCAGUCAAUAAAAGACAAUAUGGCGAAAUUAAACUUGCAGCCUCACCAAUGGUCCAUUGAUAAAAUGAUUCAGGUUUAUGAGAUGAUGUUAGUUCGUCAUGGUUUCAUGAUUGUUGGAGAGCCUCUUGGAGGAAAGACGAUGUCCUACAAGGUUCUCAGUGGUGCUCUCACUGACCUUCAUGCAGCAGGAUUGAUGGAAGAGUUCGCCGUUGAAUACAAAAUUAUCAAUCCUAAAUCUAUUACAAUGGGACAAUUGUAUGGUUGUUUCGAUCCUGUAUCUCAUGAAUGGACAGACGGUGUCUUACCAAUUGUUUUCCGUGAACAAGCAUCAUCUACUAGUGAAAACAGAAAAUGGAUCAUAUUUGAUGGUCCUGUAGAUGCCGUAUGGAUUGAGAACAUGAACACUGUACUUGAUGACAAUAAGAAAUUAUGCUUGAUGUCUGGAGAAAUUAUACAAAUGAGCAGCAAGAUGAAUUUAAUUUUUGAACCAGCUGAUCUUGAGCAAGCAUCUCCUGCUACAGUUUCAAGAUGUGGAAUGAUUUAUCUUGAACCUCAUCAGCUUGGUUGGAGACCUUUUAUGAUGUCGUACAUGAGUACAGUUCCUGAAACACUGGAUGAAGAUCAUAAGGAAAUGUUACAUGAUUUAUUUGAGUGGUUGAUUGAUCCAUGCCUUGAUUUUAUUCGACAUUAUUGCAAGUUCAUUCUCAACACGUCACCAAUGCACUUGGUAUCCACCAUGCUGUCGUUGUUUAAUUCAUUACUUGAUGAGAUUGCACAGCCACCCACAGAAUCAGAAGAGGGCUCGACUGCUAUGAGCAGCCAGCAGAUAUUUUUAUGGUUGCAAGGACUGUUUCUAUUUUCUCUUGUAUGGACAUUGGGAGGAACAAUUGAUGGUGACAGUCGGUCAAAAUUUGAUCAAUUUUUCCGUAAUUUGAUCAGUGGCACUGACACCAACCAUCCCAAACCAAAAACUUCAAAACUUACAAAAAGUCAUGUGUUCCCAGAAAGAGGUUCAAUCUAUGAUUAUUAUUUCCAAAAAAAAUCGAGUGGAUCUUGGGCAAACUGGCUUGAUUAUGUCGAUAAAGAAAAAAUGACAAUUGGCAAAGACGUCAAAGUUAGUGAAAUCAUUGUACAGACAGUCAACACUGCUCAACAAUGUUUUUUCUUGGAUACUUUCAUCAGCCAUUGUGUUCCGCUUCUAUUUGUUGGACCUACUGGUACUGGUAAAUCUGCAAUUACAAAUGACUAUCUAGUUUCUCUGCCUAAAGAUAAAUACAUACCAAACAACAUCAACUUUUCUGCAAGAACGUCUGCAAGUCAAACACAAGACAUUAUUAUGUCGAAACUUGAUAGAAGACGCAAGGGAUUGUAUGGACCUCCUGUUGGCAAACAAUGUGUUGUAUUUGUUGAUGAUCUCAAUAUGCCAGCAAAAGAAAUAUAUGGAGCACAACCACCAGUUGAACUUCUUCGAACAUGGCUUGAUCACAAAUUUUUAUACGACAAGAAAGAUAUGUCCAAAGUUGAACUCACUGAUGUACUGUUUAUCAGUGGUAUGGGGCCACCUGGUGGUGGUAGAAACGAUGUAACAGGACGAAUGUCUCGACAUUUGAAUGUAAUCUCAAUCGAUACAUUCAGCGAUGAAACUAUGACAAAAAUAUUCACUACAAUAAGUGAUUGGCAUUUUGCAAAUGGAUUUGACUCAGCUUUUGUUCGGCUUGGCAAGAUCAUGGUUCAAGCUACCAUGAGUGUCUUCAAAGCCACUAUUGAAAAUUUUUUGCCUACACCAACAAAAUCUCAUUAUGUUUUCAACCUUCGUGAUUUUGCUCGAGUCAUUCGAGGAGUUCUUCUUGUUCCCAGUGCUCAAAUGACGGAUACUGAUAAGUUCGUGAGACUCUGGGUGCAUGAAGUGUACAGAGUUUUCUAUGAUCGUUUGAUUGAUGAUCACGACAGAACAACUUUCUUUGGAAUUGUGAAAGAAACUUCAUCUAAUUUCUUCAAAAUGAAUCUUGACAAAGUAUUGAGUCACUUAUACAAGACAAAGACAUUGACUGAUGAUCAUGUCAGAAACUUGUUUUUCGGUGACUUUCUUGAUCCUGAUGCAAACCCAAGAGUUUAUGAUGAAAUUCAAGAUUUAUCUCAGCUUACUGCUGUCAUGGAUCAUUAUCUUGAUGAACAUAACCAGAUGUCGAAAGCACCUAUGGCACUCGUGAUGUUUAAAUUUGCUAUUGAACAUAUUUCUCGAGUAUCUCGUGUCUUGAAACAGGACAAUGGGCAUCUGCUUCUGAUUGGUAUCGGUGGAUCGGGUCGCAAAAGUGCUUGCAGAUUGUCUACAUUUAUGGCUGAUUAUGAGUUGUAUCAGAUUGAAAUCACAAGAACAUACAGUUUCAAUGACUGGCGUGAAGAUAUUAAGAAAAUGAUGUUGAAGGCUGGAGUGGAAGGUUUACAGACAGUGUUUCUGUUCAGUGAUCAACAGAUCAAAGAAGAAUCUUUUGUUGAAGACAUCAAUAUGAUAUUGAACACAGCUGAUAUUCCUAACCUCUUCCCAUCUGAUGAAAAAGCUGAAGUGAUUGAGAAAAUGCAGGGAAUUGCGCGACAGGAAGGAAAGAAAAUAGAAGGUACUCCUCUGGCGAUGUACAAUUUCUUCAUUGAGAGGGUCAAGAGCAAUUUACACGUUGUCCUCGCAAUGAGUCCUAUUGGUGAUUCUCUGAGAAAUCGACUGAGAAUGUUUCCCUCACUUAUCAAUUGUUGCACAAUAGAUUGGUUUCAGGCAUGGCCAGAAGAUGCAUUGGAAAUGGUUGCGAACAAGUUUUUAGAAGAUGUGGAUCUGGAUGAUGACGUUAGAUUAUCUUGCGUCGGGAUGUGCAAGUACUUCCAUGAAAGUGUUCGCCAACUUUCUGCUGGAUUCUGGGAUGUUUUGCGACGACACAACUAUGUGACACCAACAUCCUAUCUUGAACUAAUUCUGACAUUCAAGUCUCUUCUGGAAGUGAAACGUUCUGAAGUAAAACUGAUGUUGGAACGUUACAUAAAUGGAUUGGACAAAUUAUCAUUUGCAGCAUCACAAGUGUCAGUCAUGCAGAAAGAACUGACUGAUCUGCAGCCUGAACUCAUCAAAACAUCGGAAGAAACUGACAAAAUUAUGGUGAAAAUCGAACAUGAUUCAGUGGAAGUUGAAGCCAAGAAAGAAGUCGUUGCUGCAGAUGAAAAAGUUGCCAAUGAAGCGGCAUCUGUUGCAAAAGCAAUUGCGGAUGAAUGUCAUGCCGAUUUAGCAGAGGCUAUGCCUGCACUUGAAGCAGCUCUUUCAGCAUUGAACACAUUAAAACCUGCGGAUAUCACUGUGGUCAAAUCAAUGCAAAAUCCUGCCAGUGCAAUCAAACUUGUACUGGAGUCUGUUUGUGUCAUGAAGGGAAUUAAAGCAGAAAGAAAGCCAGAUCCUGGUGGAUCAGGAAAAAUGAUUGAAGACUUCUGGGGGCCAAGCAAGAAAAUGUUGAGUGAUUUGAAAUUUUUGGACGGUUUAAAAACAUACGAUAAAGACAAGAUUCCAGCAGCCGUCAUCAAGAAGAUUCGUGAAAAAUAUAUUCCACAUCCUGACUUUUUACCAUCUGUUGUUAAGAAUGUAUCUUCUGCAUGUGAAGGUUUGUGCAAAUGGGUUCGAGCUAUGGAAGUGUAUGAGAGAGUCGCGAAAGUUGUUGCUCCCAAAAAAAUUAAACUUGCUGAAGCUGAAUCUGACUUAGCCGUUCAGAUGAAAAAACUGAAUGAAAAGAGAGCAGAGUUGAAGGAGGUUGUUGACAAGAUGGAAGCAUUACAAGCUGAAUUUGAAAAAAUGAACAACAAAAAAAUUGAUUUAGAAGCAAAUAUCGAUAUGUGUUCCAAAAAAUUAGUCAGAGCAGAAAAGUUGAUCAGUGGUCUUGGUGGAGAGAAAGAAAGAUGGACAGACUCAGCUGAACAACUUCGUAUAAGACUGACAAACUUGACUGGAGAUGUUUUGUUAUCAUCAGGAACUGUCGCAUAUCUGGGGCCUUUCACUGUGGAUUUCCGGUUGGAUUGUGUCAGCGAGUGGCAAAACAUAUGUAAUGAAAAGAAGAUUCCUUGCUCAGAAACAUUUGCUUUAUCAAAUACACUGGGAGAUCCUGUCAAAAUUCGAGAUUGGCAAAUAUGUGGACUUCCUGUUGAUGCAUUCUCCAUUGAGAAUGGUAUUAUCGUUAGUAAUUCUCGACGUUGGCCACUGAUGAUUGAUCCACAAGGUCAAGCAAAUAAAUGGAUAAAGAAUAUGGAAAAAGAUAACAAACUAUCUGUCAUUAAACUUUCUGACGCUAACUAUAUUCGAACUCUUGAAAACUGCAUACAGUUCGGUGCUCCAGUCCUGCUUGAAAAUAUAGGUGAGGAGUUGGAUGCAAUCCUUGAAUCUGUACUUUUAAAGCAAACUUUCAAACAACAAGGUGUUGAAUAUAUUAAACUUGGAGACAACACAAUUGAAUAUUCACGAGAUUUCAAAUUCUACAUGACAACCAGACUUAGAAAUCCUCACUAUUUACCUGAAGUUUCUGUGAAGGUCUGUCUUGUAAAUUUCAUGAUUACCCCACUUGGAUUACAAGAUCAACUUCUUGGAAUUGUCGCUGCAAAAGAAAAGCCUGAACUUGAACAGAAAAAGAAUGAACUUAUACUGGAAGGUGCUGAAAACAAAAGACAGCUCAAGCAGAUUGAAGACAAGAUCCUCAAGGUUUUGUCUUCAUCAGAAGGAAAUAUUCUAGAAGAUGAAACUGCAAUUCAGAUCUUAUCUUCAUCUAAAACAUUAUCUGAGGAAAUUUCAGCUAAGCAAGAAAUUGCUAAUCAGACUGAGAAAGAAAUUGAUGAAACAAGGAAUGGAUAUAAACCAGUAUCAAUACAUUCAGCAGUUUUAUUCUUCUGCAUCAGUGAUCUUGCUAACAUUGAACCAAUGUAUCAGUAUUCACUCACAUGGUUUAUUAACCUGUAUGUAAUGUCUAUCGAAAACAGUUCAAAAUCUGAUGAUUUGGAUGAAAGAAUUGAGAAUUUGAAUGAUCACUUCACUGCAAGUAUUUACAACAAUGUCUGCAGAUCGUUAUUUGAAAAAGAUAAACUUCUGUUUUCAUUCGUUCUCACUGUUGCCUUACAAAAUAGUGCAGGUAAAAUUGAUGAUGAUGUUUGGCGAUUCUUCCUAACUGGGGGAGUAGCUCUAGAUAAUCCUCAUGCAAACCCUGGAUCUGAUUGGUUGAGCGACAAAGCUUGGUCAGAAAUUGUCAGAGCAUCUAAUUUGAAAAAUCUAAAUGGAUUGAUGGACCAUUUUGCUGGAAAUAUCACACAGUGGAAAGCGUUGUAUGAUUCUCCCUCACCGCAUCUUGAAAAAUUUCCUGACAAGUGGAAUAAAUUAUCAGGACUUGACAGAAUGGUGAUACUCAGGUGUGUUCGACCUGACAAAGCCAUUCCAGCCAUACAAGAUUAUAUUGUUGAUGUCAUGGGACGAGCAUACAUUGAGCCUCCAACUUUUGACUUGGCUGGUUCAUUUGGAGACUCUGGAUGUUGCACACCUUUAAUUUUUGUUCUCUCUCCAGGAGCUGAUCCUAUGGCUGGUUUAUUGAAAUUUGCUGAUGACAAGGGAUAUGGUGGUGAUCGUAUCGGUACUAUAUCUCUUGGACAAGGACAAGGACCAAUCGCUAUGAAAAUGAUUAAUGAUGCAACUCUCAAUGGUACUUGGGUUGUGCUUCAGAAUUGUCACUUGGCGACAAGUUGGAUGCCAACACUGGAAAAACUUUGUGAGGAAACCAUUGUGCCAGAAAACACUCACACUGAUUUCAGAUUAUGGCUCACCAGCUAUCCAUCUGAUAAAUUUCCUGUGUCCAUAUUACAGAAUGGUGUUAAAAUGACAAAUGAACCUCCGAAAGGACUUCGUGCAAACUUGCUUCGAUCGUAUCUAAAUGAUCCAAUUUCUGAUCCCACAUUUUUCGCAGGUUGCAACAAAAGAAUGGAAUGGCAAAAACUCCUUUUCGGUCUAUGUUUCUUCCAUGCCAUGGUGCAAGAAAGACGUAAAUUUGGACCAUUAGGAUGGAAUAUUCCUUAUGAAUUCAAUGAAUCUGAUCUUCGUAUAAGCAUGAGGCAACUACAGAUGUUUUUGAAUGAAUAUGAUGACCUCCCACUUAUAGCUUUAAGCUAUUUGUCGGGUGAAUGUAACUACGGUGGUCGUGUAACAGACGAUAAAGAUAGAAGAUUGUUGCUCUCACUUCUUUCAAUUUUCUAUGUGGAUGAUAUUGUGCAUGACGAUUCUUAUACAUUUUCACCAAGUGGAAAAUAUAAAGCACCCAAGGAUGGCCCAUACCAAUCGUACAUUGACUAUAUACGUGAAUUACCUCUUGUACCACACCCUGAGGUGUUUGGACUUCAUGAAAAUGCAGACAUCACAAAGGACAAUCAGGAAACACAACAACUAUUUGAUGGAAUUUUGAUGACACUGCCCAGACAAACUGGCGGGAAAGGAAAAUCACCGGAAGAAGUAAUAGAUGAUCUUGCGGCAGAUAUAUUGAGCAAAUUACCCCCUGAUUUUGAUAUGGAAAUGGUCAUGGAAAAGUACCCUGUAGUCUAUGAUGAAUCAAUGAAUACUGUAUUGAGGCAAGAACUGAUUCGAUUUAAUCGUCUGACAUCAGUGGUUCGCAGUAGUAUUCAAAAUUUACGUAAAGCAAUCAAAGGUCUUGUCGUUAUGUCAUCAGAAUUGGAGGAAGUUUUUAACUCCAUGACGAUAGGAAAAGUACCAGCCAUGUGGGCAUCGAAAUCCUAUCCAUCUCUGAAGCCAUUGGGAAGUUAUGUCACUGAUCUUCUGCAGAGACUCCAGUUUUUGACAGAUUGGAUAAAUGAUGGAAUUCCUGAUGUAUUCUGGAUUUCUGGGUUUUAUUUUACUCAGUCGUUUCUCACUGGAGCAGCUCAAAACUAUGCGAGAAAAUACACAAUACCAAUUGAUCACAUCUCAUUCGAGUUUGAAAUGAUGAAAGCGGAAGGCCCAGCAGAAAUUGAGAAGAAACCAGAGGAUGGAGUUUAUGUGAGAGGAUUGUUUCUGGAAGGAGCCAGAUGGGAUCGUGAAGCUAUGUCAAUGGGAGAGUCAUCCCCAAAAGUACUCUUUGAUACAAUGCCUAUAAUAUGGCUUCAACCUGGGGAGAAAUCUACAUUCAAGCCAAAGCCUACUUACACUUGCCCUGUUUAUAAAACCAGUGCACGAAGAGGAACUUUGUCUACAACAGGACAUUCCACCAACUUUGUACUCCUGAUGGAAAUUCCUACUGAUAAACCCCAGAGUCACUGGAUCAACAGAGGAGUUGCCAUUUUGUGUCAGUUAGAUGAUUAGCAUAUGUGUGUUAUUGUUCACUAGUGAUUCUAUAACCUUUAUCUUUGUUUUUUGAUUGACUUAAAAGUGUAUAUUUUGUGUGCCGUUUUUAGUUAUAUAUUGUAUCAUACUACAUCAAACUUAUAAAUGGAAUAAGUGAUGAGUAAAAUAGGUACAUCAGAAAUGUGUUGCCAUUUGUUUUAUCUAGUAUGAUACAAUACAUUAAGUAUAUUAUAAAUUAUUAUUAAAUAUUUUUAUAAAGUUCAAAACAGAUUUUGUUGUUUAAGUGUUAUAUCACCUACAUUCCUGAAAUAUUUACCUAUUAGCCACCAAAUAUUAUACAAUCUUCGCCAAAGCAGCCAGCAGAUUUAUAAAUCUCUUAGUCGAUUACAGUAUUCUAUUCUAUUUUUACAUGAUUCAAUAAUCCUUCUGUGUGAGUAUAAUUGUUAACUGUUAAUUGGCAAUAAUUAAACUUUGUAUUGCCAUGACCGAGUUUGCCUUUUUAUUAGAAAAAAUAUUUUAAUGUCAUUUUAAUAUUUUCUCAAUUUGCCAUUUAUUCUACAAACCUUUCUGCAGCACUAGAUUGAGAAUAUCAUUAACUUACUGAUGAGGGAAGCUUUUCUAACAUUGUAUCGUAUAGUAUAAAUUUAUUUGUUUGAGAUGUAGGUUGUGUUUUAAAAUAAAAAUGAUAAAAGUUUACUGAA